AUGAAUGAAAGAAGUGGCGAAGAGCUGACAGUGACAUCUAUAGACAACUCCCAGAAUCCACUGGUGGUUUAUCGGGAGAGAGAUAGCUCAAGAGGUUUGUCGGGUCCUAAUGAUGUAUAUGAUACAAUACCUUCAUAUGAGACAUCGCAAUGGUUGCAUGAACAACAGCAAAGGGAGCAAGAGGCAAGCACUUCAUUACCUGCUUCAACUAAUAUAUCAGCAAAUAGCUCUAUAGCUACAGGAGUAAACAGACUUAGUGAAGGUGUUCUCUCGAUGUCUGUUCCAACCUCUAUGGCACACACAAGAAAGGCCGAGAUCAAGAGGUCUUUGAAGCAAAUAGGUUUGAAAUCCUUGAAUGCAAGGCAGCACUUUGCAUUGGCGUGUUCUCGUGAUCUCUCUUUGAUACCUUGUUUCAUUGGUCUACUACAAUCCUGGAAAAGGGUGUUCGCACCAGAUGCAACAACUAGAACUCAAAUAUUACACUCCGUGACUUCAGCGAGAGCAUCAGAGCACUUUUUAACUGGCCUAUGGUGCAUUGUUUCAGCAUACUUGUCUUACUCUGUACUUGACGGUUUGAUGAUAAGAUGGAUAGUUGAAUAUCUGACCACGGCUGCAAUUGUACGAAUGCUAUCAAUGUCUGCAAUUAUCGUUUCGACAGAGCAGUAUCUUUUAGCGACCUUCUCUGCAGAUGGCUAUAAGUAUGGAUUACAUAUAUGGAUCCUAAUAAGCUGCUGUCUAACACUAACAUAUAUAGUUCAAAAUUUUGUCACUUCAAACUUGGACUUAAAAGGAAAAAGAAGAGCAAGGUUUUUUGACUUUUACAAUAUUGCUGUAUUUGCUGUUGUUCCUGUAGGAAUAGCGAGCUUUAUAACAAUGAUUGGACUUCUACGAUCGUUGCUUAUUCUCCGAUUAGACAUUGACCAAAACGGUUUAUCAUGA